UCUUUAUCUUUCUUUUUCACACUGUAAAUUGAAAGUAACCAGAGAGAGAAUUGAAGACAUAUAAAAGAGCCUCCAUCUUUGAAGUAUAUUUUUUAUUUUUCUUUAUAAAACCAUCUGAAAGGUUGUUUUGUUUUGGAACAACUCAGAAGUCAGAAUAAGCUGAUGGGUGCAGUUUCUCAUGAAGCAAUCAAUCAGCUCAAGACCUUGAUGGACCAAGUUGAUGGGCGUCUCAAAAGAACAUUUCAGAAUGUUCAUCAAGGGUAUAAAGCAGAAACAUUGGAAAGGUUUUUAAAAGCAAGAGAUGGGAGUGUUGCAAAAGCCCACAAGAUGCUGUUAGAUAGUUUAAAGUGGAGGUUGGAAAAUGGUAUAGAUGACAUUCUAUCUAAACCCAUAGUUCCUACAAAUUUUUAUAGAGGAGUGCGCGAUUCACAGCUGAUCGGAGUGUCCGGUUAUACAAGAGAGGGCCUUCCGGUCUUUGCUAUCGGUGUAGGCCUCAGUACAUUUGACAAAGCAUCUGUCCAGUAUUAUGUGCAAUCACAUAUUCAAAUUAAUGAGUACCGUGAUCGUGUAAUAUUGCCUGCCGCAACGAAGAAAACCGGACGCUAUGUUGGCAAGUGUGUGAAGAUUUUAGAUAUGAGUGGCCUGAAACUUUCAGCAUUGAACCAAAUUAAGCUGCUGACUGCUAUCUCUACCAUUGAUGACCUCAACUAUCCUGAGAAAACAAUCACAUACUAUAUAGUCAAUGUUCCAUACGUAUUCUCGGCUUGUUGGAAGGUUGUAAAACCUCUUUUGCAUGAGCGGACAAGGUUAAAAGUUCAAGUGUUGCAAGGCUCUGGCCGUGAUGAGUUGUUAAAGAUAAUGGACUAUUCUGCCCUUCCUCAUUUUUGUCAAAGAGAUGGCUCUCGGUCUUCUCGGCGUGGUGUUAAUACAACUGAAGAUUGCUUCUCACUCGACCAUCCUUUUCAUCAACAACUAUACAACUACAUGAAGAAGCAGUCGGGGAAUUGUGCACCAACAAGACCACUAAAGCAUGGAUCGGUGCAUGUGGAAAUGCCAUUGGCAGACAUCAAAAAGGCUGAGAUCUGCCGAACUCUUGAAUCUGAGUUGAAAAGGUUUCAUAGUCAAGAUGAUCUUACUCGGUUACAUGAUAUCCAAAUCAGUGAUUAGAGUGUGCUAACUAACGGUCAUAACAUAUGUAUGCAUUUUGAUGUGUUUUCUGAUUCCCAUAAUGAAUAACAGCAAGGAAAUCUAGGUAUUAUCAUGAGAUUGUGCAUAGAUUGAAAUGUUUUCAUUUCGCACCCGUCUUAAUAAAGAUUUCCAUCAUCCUGUA